AUCAAUGUUGACAGUAUUUAUGUCAAACUGACACUUGUUCUUUUGCCAUCUUUGACAGGUGAGAAAGGACGGCAAUUAUUUGUUUUGUUGAAAUUAUCUGAAAAAAUCUUGAAUUCUCAUUGUGUUUUCCUAAUAUAAGUGCACUACAUUAGUUGCCAGUGUUGUUAUAAAUAUUGUCAGUGCCAUAUUUUAUCAAUACCAUUAUUCUUUUGCAGUGGCAGUGUAUCACUAGAAAACCGUCACCAUGCCCCGCGAAAUCAAAGACAUCAAAGAUUUCUUGUUGAAGGCGCGCAGGAAAGACGCUAAGUCCGUCAAGAUAAAGAAGAACCCUGAGAAUGUAAAGUUCAAGGUGCGCUGCUCCCGCUUCCUGUACACCCUCGUCAUCACCGACAAGGAAAAGGCGGAGAAACUGAAGCAGAGCUUACCCCCAGGUCUUCAGGUGAAGGAAGUUAAGUGAUGUGACUUAGGAUUAAUACAAUAAAAAAUACAAAAUCA